UUAUUCAUUCAAGUUUUCCAGGUCCAAAUUUUCCACCCUUUUGAUUGAUAUCAAAAUGAAACACAGCAAAAUAGUCACAAAGUUCCAUUCAAAUCUUCCAAUACUAGUAACUAUCCUUCUCCUCUCAACAAAAUGGACCAUAGCACAAGAAGUUGAGGAUGAGCUUCCAUUUGAUUACGUAGAAGGGAGCAAAAAGGGUCCUUCACAUUGGGGUGAAUUGAAGAAGGAAUGGAAAGCAUGUAAGAUUGGAAAAAUGCAAUCUCCAAUUGAUAUAUCAAGUGACAGAUUGAGGUUAGCUCCAAAGUUAGGAAGAUUAAAGAUAAAUUAUAAGGCUCAGAAUGCUACUCUGAAAAAUAGAGGUCAUGAUAUUGAGGUGAAAUGGCUGGGAAACGCAGGAACAAUAGAUAUCAAUGGAGUAAAUUUUUUCCUACAUCAAGCCCACUGGCAUUCACCUGCUGAACAUACCAUCAAUGGAUCCAAGUAUGAUGUGGAACUACACAUGGUGCAUGAGAGCGCAAUGAUAAAUGGGAAAACCCAGAUUGCUGUUGUUGGAGUUCUAUAUAAGUUUGGUCAACCAGAUCGUCUUCUCGAAAAGUUGUCAAAACACAUAAAAUCCAUGGUGAAUACUGAAGCAGAAAAGCUUAUGGGAGUGAUUAAUCCCACCGAAUUCCUUCGACGGGGAAAUAAAUAUUACAAAUAUAUUGGCUCUCUCACUGUUCCUCCUUGCACUGAAGGUGUAAUUUGGAUUAUCAAUAAAAAGAUAGGACAUGUGUGUAAAGGACAGGUGGCAUUACUUAGAGAUGCUGUUCAUGAUCAUGCAACGAUGAAUAAUAGACCUUUGCAACUCCACAAUGGAAGAUUCAUACAAUACUAUGACCCAAAAAAGAAGACAUGAAAAAUAUAGUUACAAUAUAGUAAUAUUUCUAGCAUUUUG